AGCAGGGAAAGAGUACUGUGUGCUGAGAGACCAUGGCAAAGAACCCUCCAGAGAACUGUGAGGACUGUCACAUUCUAAAUGCAGAAGCUUUUAAAUCCAAGAAGAUAUGUAAAUCACUUAAGAUUUGUGGACUGGUGUUCGGUAUCCUGGCCCUGACUCUAAUUGUCCUGUUUUGGGGUAGUAAGUACUUCUGGCCGGAGGCACCCAAAAAAACCUAUGACAUGGAGCAUACUUUCUAUAGCAACGGAGAGAAAAAGAAGAUUUACAUGGAAAUAGAUCCCAUGACCAGAACUGAAAUAUUCAGAAGUGGAAAUGGCACUGAUGAAACAUUGGAAGUACAUGACUUUAAAAACGGAUAUACUGGCAUCUACUUUGUAGGUCUUCAAAAAUGCUUUAUCAAAACUCAGAUCAAAGUGAUUCCUGAAUUUUCUGAACCAGAAGAGGAAAUAGAUGAGAAUGAAGAAAUUACCACAACUUUCUUUGAACAGUCAGUGAUUUGGGUCCCAGCAGAAAAGCCUAUUGAAAACCGAGACUUUCUUAAAAACUCCAAAAUUUUGGAGAUCUGUGAUAAUGUGACCAUGUAUUGGAUCAAUCCCACUCUAAUAGCAGUUUCCGAGUUACAAGACUUUGAGGAAGACGGUGAAGAUCUUCACUUUCCUACCAAUGAGAAAAAAGGGAUUGAACAAAAUGAGCAGUGGGUAGUCCCUCAAGUGAAGGUGGAGAAGACCCGUCACGCCAGACAAGCGAGUGAGGAAGAACUUCCAAUAAAUGACUAUACUGAAAAUGGAAUAGAAUUUGACCCCAUGCUGGAUGAGAGAGGUUACUGUUGUAUUUACUGCCGUCGAGGCAAUCGCUACUGCCGCCGUGUCUGCGAACCUUUGCUAGGUUACUACCCGUAUCCAUACUGCUACCAAGGAGGACGGGUCAUCUGUCGUGUCAUCAUGCCUUGCAACUGGUGGGUGGCCCGCAUGCUGGGGAGGGUCUAA